UUUUGACUCUGAGAGAUCACAUGUUUGGGGUCUUCUUUGUUUAGAGUUGAGCUCGAACUUGAAAAAGACAAAAAGAGCGAGCGGCGAGCGGGCUAAGGAGAAGGAGGCAAGAGGCUUGCUGCUGGCUACUCUUUAAUUCCAGGAAAAAGCGACAGACAGCACCAAGAAGAUAUUCAUCACUUCUCUUCUCCAUGAUUGCAUGAACAGUUGAUGUAAUCAUGGUACUAAUACUGGGGCGCAGAUUGAACAGAGGGGAUAGUCGGGUCCAAGAAUCCCCAGUCACCAAGCGUAAAGUUUUUGAAAUGGACCCAAAGUCUUUAUCAGGCCAUGAGUUCUUUGAUUUUUCUUCUGGAUCAUCCCAUGCCGAAAGCAUACUUCAGAUCUUCAAUGAAUUUCGUGACAGUCGCUUGUUCACAGAUGUAAUAAUCUGUGUUGAAGGCAGAGAAUUUCCUUGUCAUCGUGCUGUUCUUUCAGCUUGCAGCAGCUACUUCAGAGCUAUGUUUUGCAAUGAUCACCGAGAAAGUCGGGAGAUGUUGGUAGAAAUUAAUGGAAUUUUUGGUGAAGCCAUGGAUUGCUUUUUACAAUAUGUAUAUACAGGCAAAGUAAAAAUCACCACGGAUAAUGUGCAGUACCUGUUUGAAACAUCAAGUCUCUUUCAAAUAAGUGUUUUGCGUGAUGCAUGUGCUAAAUUCCUAGAAGAGCAGCUAGAUCCUUGUAACUGUCUAGGAAUUCAACGUUUUGCUGAUACACACUCUCUGAAAACACUCUUUACAAAAUGCAAAACUUUUGCACUGCAAAAUUUUGAGGAUGUGGCCCAGCAUGAAGAAUUUCUUGAGCUUGGAAAAGAUGAACUUAUUGAUUACAUUUGCAGUGAUGAACUGGUAAUAAGCAAAGAGGAGAUGGUAUUUGAAGCAGUUAUGCACUGGGUUUACCGGGCUGUAGAAUCCAGACGCUCAGUUCUACAAGAAAUUCUCACACAUGUGAGACUGCCUUUGUUACAUCCUAACUACUUUGUUCAGACAGUGGAAGUAGAUCAGUUGAUCCAAAACUCACCUGAAUGUUAUCAGUUGUUGCAUGAAGCACGAAGGUACCAUGUCCUUGGAAAUGAAAUGAUGUCUUCAAGAACUAGACCACGAAGAUCAACUGGCUACUCUGAAGUUAUAGUUGUUGUUGGAGGUUGUGAGCGUGUUGGAGGAUUUAAUUUGCCAUAUACAGAAUGUUAUGACCCAAUGACAGGAGAGUGGAAAUCCCUGGCAAAAUUACCAGAAUUUACAAAAUCUGAGUAUGCAGUUUGUGCUUUGAGGAAUGACAUCCUUGUUUCAGGUGGAAGGAUCAAUAGCCGUGAUGUGUGGAUUUAUAAUUCUCAACUUAAUAUUUGGAUCAGAGUCGCUUCUCUAAAUAAAGGGAGGUGGCGUCAUAAAAUGGCUGUCCUCCUUGGUAAGGUGUAUGUGGUUGGAGGAUAUGAUGGGCAAAAUCGGCUGAGUAGUGUGGAGUGUUAUGACUCUUUUUCUAAUCGAUGGACAGAGGUAGCUUCACUUAAAGAAGCUGUCAGUUCUCCAGCAGUUACCAGCUGUGUGGGCAAGCUGUUUGUGAUUGGUGGAGGUCCAGAUGAUAACACAUGCUCCGAUAAGGUUCAAUCGUAUGAUCCUGAUACUAAUUCUUGGCUCCUUCGUGCAACAAUCCCCAUUGCAAAAAGAUGUAUUACAGCUGUAUCAUUAAACAAUCUCAUUUAUGUUGCUGGAGGACUCACAAAAGCGAUAUAUUGCUAUGAUCCAAUUGAAGAUUAUUGGAUGCAUGUGCAGAACACAUUUAGCAGACAGGAAAACUGUGGCAUGUCUGUCUGUAAUGGGAAAAUCUACAUCCUUGGUGGGAGAAGAGAAAAUGGAGAAGCCACAGAUACUAUUCUUUGUUAUGACCCUGCAACAAGUAUCAUUACUGGAGUAGCUGCCAUGCCCAGACCAGUAUCAUACCAUGGCUGUGUGACUAUUCACAGAUACAACGAUAAGAAGAAUUUUUGAGUAAGAAAUCAGGCUCAUAUUACUGUAAGAAUUUGUAGGAUUCAUUGUAAGAACAGGAAAGCAGCCUCUUCCAAAGUGUCAUCUGGAAAGAGACACUGCUGUGUUUAAAGUCUUGAUUGUUAAAUAUUUCCCAUAGUCAUGAUUUCUAACUUCUGAAAUUAUUAACAGUUGAUGUUACUAAAUAGAUCAUGCUCAUGUCCAUAUUGUAUUUUUUUCAAGUUUAUUUCAAAUAGCUUUACCUGCAUUUUUCAUAUUUUCAAUGUGAUAAGUACUGUUUAUUGUCAAUGUAAAAAAUUGAGUUUAUAUAUGAUUUAUGUGUAAAUGGUUUAAGUAAUAUUUGUCCUUUAUUUCAUUAAUUGAAUUUAUAGCACCACUAUUAGAAUAAUUUUAAAAAUAUUUUAAAAUAAUAUACAUCAGUGUUGUCUUGCAUCAUCAUGAAAUACUUUUCAUCAGAAAGCAUAUUAAAAUAUUUAGGUCCAUCUGUAUAUAGAAUCACUCAGUUUCAUUUUUUUUAGUAUGUGGUAUAUGACUUUUUCAUUAUACUUCAAAAUGAGACCUUAAAACAUCUUAGUUACUAUUUAAAUCUUCAGAAUUUCCAUCUGAAAUUAAAUAUAGUAAAGAUCACAUCAUAGUUGUCCAUCAGAAGCCCAAAGAAGCAAUAUUUAGGAUUAAACUCUGCCACUAACUAUAUUGGGUUUCAGUAUUGUUCCCAAAUUGGUAAAUAACAAUUUUAGAUUUAAAAAAAAUUAAUAGUAAGGAGCUUUUGUUUAAGAUACAGUAGAAAAAGCAGUUGAUUAAUCAUUGUCUUCUAUUAAAGAAAAAAACAAUUGUCAUGUACUUGAUAUUAAUAUUUUUCCAGGUAGCAUCUCUCUGUGACAUGGAUCACUUUCUGAAUUCUGUUUUUCCCUGUAGCAUACCCUGUACAACUUGAAUAAAUUUGACAUAUUUUAGUGUAUAAAAUGCAUAUUAAAACAUGAUUUCUAGAUGUGAAAAUUAUAAGUAUACAUGUUACCAGCACUUUUGUGUUGUGUAUUGCUGUGAUCAGUAGUUGUAUGAUAAACAUUUACAGUACAAGAACAUGUUUUACAAGGAAAAUUCAUUAUGCCAUUUUGUACAUCAUUGUUUGCUUCUUGAAUAUUUUCCACAUAAUUAUUACACUGCUGUGAAUAUUAUGAAUUUUCCUUGGACAUUCUGACAUAGGUAAGUUAUGUAUAUUCUUUUUACAUCUCCAUUUUUAUAUCUGGUCAUGUUCAGCCAACAUACAUUUGCUUGACUAGACUAUAAGCCUUUAUCUCCCACAUAUACCAACUUUUAACCUUAUCAGGAACUAAGUAAAACAACUUUCCCUGAAAAAUAUGCCUGAUUAAAUAGUUCUAAUUGAUUUUCAAGCAGUUAUUAUAUACUAUGUGACAUUUCUGGUGCCUUGGAAUCUUACAUAAUUGUACAUUCAUCAAAUGUUUUAAUAAGGAUAUGGCUCAAAAUUAAUUAUUUACUGAGUGCUUUCUCAUACUGUAGAUAUUCGUGUUUGCAGUAGGUGCCUUUAAAUACUUUUAGCAUUGGCUAUACAAUACUUCCAUUAUUGGAAGCAUUUGUGCUGCUGUGCAGUAGAUUGUACAUGUUGUAAUUUUUCAAUAAUAUAUGAAUUAACAGUUCAAUGAUUUUGUUUUCUGUGACUAGAGAAAUCCAGUUAAGUCUUUUUGUUCCAGCAGUGGGACAAGAAUAGAUUUUUAUUGAAAUCAAAGGGAUUGUUCCCCCUCUUGAUUUCAUUGGGAAGCCAUUCUGUUAGUGAAAAUAAAUGCACUACAUUUCACCAGUAAAAUAAAAAUACAUUAAGGGAGAGCUGGUCAACCUGUUGCCUCUGAAUCUCCUUUUGCAGCCCAUAAAACUGGCCACUGUUUAUGAAAUUUUCCCUGCCAUUUCAAGGGCAACAGCAAACAAAAACUAUGGAGUUUUGUAUAGCAAGUCCUAUCAAAGUUAAAAAUCAGAAACUCCAUGCAUUCCUUUAAAACAUCCUUUUGUCCUAAUAUGAGAAAUGUUCCCCUGCUUUGUAACCCUUUAUUCUUUUAUCCUACAAAAUCCAUUUUAGUGUGACCCUUGGCCAUCAAAAUUGCUACUUUUGCAUGAAACGUAUCACUUGGCAGCAGAUUUUUGUUAAAACAAUGUCAAAGAAUGCAUUCAUAUUUUGAAUGUACAAAGUUAAAUGGCUGAACCAACUGGAUGAAACUGAACAGUAUCUUUUUUUUCUUGGCAUCUAUUUUGGAAAAGUUCCAUUUAAAAAUGAGGCAUAUGGUAAUGGUAUGUGUAACUCUCCUUGGCAUGUUUGCUUGCUUAUUUUCAGCUAUAGUGAAGAUAUUUUUUUCCCUUAAAAGGUCCUUACAACUAUUUGGGUCAUAUUUGAUCAUAAUUAACUUCAAAAAAUUCCUGUUUAUACUUCUGAAUGAAUCAAGUUGCAAAUAUCUGUUUGAAAAUGUCAAUCAAUGCAUGUCACUUGUUAAAGAACUUGAUAAGAUUGUGCCAAAUAAAUCUUGCUUGCCAUCUACAGGAAAUUUGCCCUACUUUACAUUUUGGUUAUUUCUACUUUAAUUUUGCAUGUACACUGUUUUGCUUACAUCCAUUCAAUGCAAUUCAAAGGGGAAUAGAGGCAGGGGGAAAAAAUCAUCUACUAGAUAUUUACAUAUUUCAGUAAGAAUCACUACAAGUAUAUAAUCUAUAGUUUAUUUGGUUUUAUUGCAAUAUACUGGAUUUCUUUCCUAAAACUACAGUCACUGGCUUGCAUUUUGUUGCUGUUACAUUGGUUAAAUCAAAUAUAUCCAAUAUUACCAUAGAUCUUCUUGAAAAAAAUUCCACUGAAUAAAGUCAGGAUUUUUAAUAAACUUUUAGGAAUUACCUUAAUCUAACAACUUCUCUCCUGAUCUACAGUGUACAGGUAGCCCUCGACUUAAAAUAGUUCAUCUAGAGCAGGAGUGUCAGACUUGCGUCAUCAUGGCGGUGUCAUGUGCCAUAUGACUUUUUUCCCCUUCGCUAAACUGGGCAUGGCAUGCAUGUGAUACAUCUGGCCCAUGGGCCGGGAGUUUGACACCUCUGAUAUAGAGGCUAUUCGCCAUGUUACGACAGCACUGAAAAAGUGGUUUAUGACAGCUUUUCAUGCUUAAUGUCUGUUGCAGCAUCCCUAUGGCCAUGUGAUCAAAAUUCAGAUGCCUGGCAACUGAUUUGUAUUUAUGAUGUCUGCUGUAUCCCAGGGUCAUGUCAUCAACUUUUGCAAUGUGACAAAGUCAAUGGGAAAGCCAGACUUACUUAACAACUUGGUUACUAAUAUAAGUGCAAUGAUUCACUUUAUAAUUGUGGCAAUAAAUGUAAAAGGGGCAAAAUUCACUUGUCUUGCUUAGUAACAGAAAUUUGGGGUUUAAGUCGAGGACUACAUGUAUUAUAGAACUGUAUAGAAAGCUAGAUUCAAAGAGCAAAAUAUGGAACACACACAAGUGUGUUGUACAUAUUGCCUCUCAGAAUAACUGCAUCAAGCUGGUAUGAGUCUUCAGAAAAAGAUGUGCACUUCAAAUCACGUCUAACCCUUCAAAUCUGGAUCUCUAUGCAGCCUUGUGUAUUACGUUUGAAUCUUAAUGUGAUUACAGUUCAUCUAUGAAUAUAGAAACAGUUGCCCAUUGUUUAAUAACAGUUGUCUUACACCAUAAACUCAUAUCUAUAAAGGCCAUAUCUAGCUGUACUUUUGUAGCACAGCAUUAAUAAGGCCCUUCUCUAAAACUCAGUAGCUCAAGGGAAACACUUCAUAACUUUAAAGAAUCCUUUUGUAAGUCAUUGCUUCAAAAGCCAUUUCCACUUGUGUGUACAUGCACAACUGCUUUGUUUUGUUAGUAAAUCCCAGUUGUAUCUGGAUUAUGCAAAAUGCACACUCAGGCAGCUGGGAUACAGCAUGCAAUCUCUCUGGAAGGUAUAGCCCCUUCAAAGGGGCAUUAGGCCCCUUCAAAGCAUUCAGCUUUGAAGGGGCCUAAUUCACUUAGGCCAAUGAUUUAUUAUGCAUUUCUCCCUAAUGCUUUGCAAAAUCUUGUCAUGUUACUUCAUCAGAGUUGUGGAUUCUGUAUUCUUAAUCAGACAUCCUGCUAACGUACUUCGUUCUUCGAAAACGAAAGCAAUUUUCCUUUGGCCUUUUCAUUCCUAUAUACUAUUCUACCAUGUGUAAAAAGUGAACAAUGUAAUAAAAAAGUAAAAUAUUAUGAAGCAAUAUCUCAAUAAAUUUAUGCCCGAUUCUAUAUUUAAAAAGUCCAUUCAACUAUUUUGAGGGGAAAAUAAAGCAGGUGACUUUUAUUCAAAUAUACCUAGAAUUAUUUUCACAAAGUUCCAUUUUUUGUAAAUGGGAACCAUUGUUAUGGUUAAUAUAUAUCUAAUGUAUAUUGAGUUUUUGUAGAUUGAAUAAUUGCAAAUCAGCAACCAAUCAUGAGAUUGCAUUUUUUUGUGUGUUUGCUUUAUACUCUAAGUAAAAAUAUUUUGUGUUAUUAUUUCCCAGACAUAUAUUUAAUAUAUUUAAAACUGUACUAUUCUGUAAUAUUCUGUACUUGGCUUUUUGAAACAAGCAACCUGCUUGUGCUUUCGAUUUUUACAGGCUUUUUUCUGUUUACAUUAAAAUUGAAACAAAUGGCUGUGUCAAAUGCAGAGAAUGACUGUACACAAUAGUAGUUCAGUAGAUAAGUAUGUAUGUUUAAUAUAAAUUUCAGUGAUGUCCAGGCAAUUUAUAUGCCCCACAAAACCUAUGUGCUGCACAAAUUAUUUAUUUAUUCCAAAGGCAGUCCAUCAUAUUCAGUUUUAUUUAUUUCCACAUUUGGUAUUAAGAAUCUGCUGCUAAUUGCAGUUUUCCCGUUGUGUGAAAAAGAAUUACUCACUGUAGAGACUGACCCUUCAAUUGAACCUCUAUCCUUCACUGAUUGCUUGAUCUUUGUUAAGGACGUUCUUUCAUUUGUGAAGGAUUCCAAAAUGGUUAAGGUUAGGGUCAACAAAUAUUAACUCAGAAAAAUGUAUUAGUCACUGAAUUAUGUGGCUACAGUAUUUGAUUCUUAUGCAGUCCUGGAAAUACUUUUAAAUACACUUGUUACCUAGUUCUUAAAAGAUUCCACCAAUAUUUGAGAUGAGCACUUUCCUGAAAAUUUAGCACAGGACUGGACAACAUACAUGCCUCAUGUGACCCUUCAUUCCAUUUUCAAAAGCCCAAGAAACCUGAUGAUAUUGAUAGCAUGAUUUUUAUUUUAUUUCAAAAUACCAUUUUGAAAUAAAUACCAAGUGGAAGCAGAAAGCCUCUACGUGUUAAACUCUAUUUAUACCUUUAAUCUG